CCGGCUGCUGGGAGCCCCCGCCGCGGUGCGCGCGUACGGAGGCCCACGAGGUUCUGGCGCCUCCAGGGCUGCUAGGACCCCCGGCGCGCUGAGUCCGAUCGAGAGGUGUUGAGGAUCUAAUGGCAUGGCCUUAAUUACCUUGCGGAGAAACCUUUGUCAUUUGUCUGAUUUUCGAAUACAUGGAGCUCUGGCUGCUCUGAAAAAUCCACGUGUAAAUCACGUUCACAAGAUAGUCCAGGAGCAUCUGUGUCUGUGGUUCUGUUCGCUGCAGCCCGGGCCCGCCAGGGUCAGGUUCCAUCAUGCCCACUGUAAAAAGUUCCAUUCAGAAAGUGGAAAUGACCUUCAUCCCGUUGGCGAGCCAGUAUUCUCUCAAGUACACGAUUGGGACAGGUUCGAACAAACCGUGAAAAAUGUGGACGAACAGAUGUGUUGCAGGAGACUAAACAACCUUGGUUCAUCAGGAGAAGUCUUGCGUUUUAUAAGCACACUGCCGGCUUUACCUGAGACUGUGGCAGCAGGAGCCUUACACCGGAUUUGUGAAGUGGAAAAGAAAGACGGUGCUCAUCGGCUGCCCAAGGAAAUCCUGGAGAAUAGUGUCUUUCAAGGUUUGUGUGAUCAGGUUGGACGGGACCCCUCAAAUCUGUCAAACGCGGGUUUGGUGACUGCCUUGCAAGCCCUGACUCCAUUGCAGGCGGAUCCUCAAAGUAGUUUGUUGCUGAACCUGCUGGCAGAGUGCCAGCACCGUCUGGAAGGGGGCCGUCUGGACAUUCACAGUCUUUGUAUUCUCGGGGAGAGUGUGAUUAAACUGCAAGGUCCAGGCUGUUCAACACUAGAACUGAUUCUUUGUCAACUGCAGGGAGAAAAUGUGGAAAAAUUUCCCCCCGAGGAUAUCCUGGCCCUUUACAGGAUACUGCAGGCGUGUCCCGAAAAAGUGGACCAACACCAGACGUUUUUAAAUAAGAUAAAUAACUUUUCUCUGUCAUUAGUUCCCAAGCUGAAUCCUAAAUCGAUGAGCCAAAUGCUCACCGCCCUGGUGGUUCUGGAUCAAACUCAGGCACUGCCUCUGGUUAUAAAAUUGGGUAAAUAUGCUGUGAGGCACAUCCCGCAUUUCACCAAUGAAGAGCUUGGCAGAGUCUUAGGCGCGUUCAUCCACUUUGGGCACAAUGACAGGUUUUUUAUCGAAGCCCUGGAGCAACAUGUCACCUCACUCCGUCUCACUUUGGAUCCCGAGGUUGUCAGCAAAGUCAUGGAGUACUGCAGCAGAAAGCUGAUUCUUUCCAAACCCAUCCUCAAUGCCGUGGCAGAAAUGUUCGUGUGCCAAUCAGAAAAAUUCUCACCUCGCCAGAUUUCUGAGUUACUUGAGCCAUUUGGAAAACUCAAUUAUUUGCCACCAAACGCCUCUGCUUUAUUUAGGAAGCUCGAAAACAUACUGUUCACUCGUUUCAAUUUUUUUCCACCCAAAGCACUAUUGAAACUUCUCCAUUCCUGUUCGCUUAUUGAAUGCCACCCCGUCAACUUUAUGGCCAAACUCUUCAGCCCGUAUUUUCUUCAGCAGCUGCAAGGUGAAGAGUCCUCUUUGGACAGACUGAGCCUAGCACAGCUGACCCAACUUUUCUUAACCGCAGUCCUAGAAUGCCCUUUCUAUAAGGGUCCCAAACUUCUCCCGAAAUACCAAGUGAAGUCAUUUCUUACUCCGUGCUCGUCCCUGGAGACCCCCACGGACUUUCAGCUUUAUAGAUCUGUCAUGCUUGGACUGAUUGACCUUUUAGGAGCCAGACUGUAUUUUGCUUCGAAAGUGUUGACACCCUACUGUUACACCAUAGAUGUUGAGAUUAAAUUAGAUGAAGACGGAUUUGUGUUACCGUUUACAGCCGAUGAAGACGUGCAUAGAAGGGUAGCACUGUGCAUCAAUGGGCCCAGAAGGUUCUGUUUGAGCAGCAAACACCUGCUGGGCAAGGAAGCCAUUAAACAAAGACACCUGCACUUACUUGGCUAUCAGGUUGUUCAGAUUCCCUAUUACGAGAUCGAGAUGCUAAAAUCAAGGCUUGAAUUAGUGGAGUAUUUACAAAGAAAACUAUUUUCUCAAAACCCUGGUAGUCACUGGUAUCAAGAAUGAAUACUGGCUUCAGAUCUCAAAUACUGAAAGAACGUGCAAAGGAGCCGUUUGUGUGUGGCCCGUGGCGACCACAUGGAGAGAGAGGGUCUCUAGUUUGCUUCUACCUUGUGUAGAUUCAUCAGCGGUGCAUCUGAAAUGAAUCGUCGUCUUUAUUUAACACCUGUGCCAUAGAUCAACAGUUGAUCCCGCGUACAAUAAAGGAACGUACUAAGUCGUGU